AUGCCAAGCCAGGCACUGUCCCUGCACGUGGCCACCCUGCCGACGGGGCUGCUGGAAUGCCUUGGCUUUGCCGGUGUCCUCUUUGGCUGGGCAUCCCUGGUGUUUGUCUUCAAAACAGAGCAUUACUUUGAGGACCUCUGUGAACCGAGCCCUGCGCUGAUGAGCAAUGCCACGGGCCACGAUGACUGCAAAGCCCAGGACGAGAGGUUCUCCCUCAUCUUCACCCUGGCGUCCUUCAUGAACAACUUCAUGACCUUCCCCACUGGCUACAUCUUUGACCGUUUCAAGACCACCGUGGCCCGCCUCAUAGCCAUAUUUCUCUACACCAGUGGCACGCUCAUCAUAGCCUGCAUCUCUGCAGGUGACCUCAGGUCGCUGCCCUUCCUGGCCAUGCCCAUGCUCACCGGCGGAGUCCUGUUUCUGAUCACCAGCCUGCAGAUUGGGAACCUCUUCGGCAAACACCGCUCGACCAUCAUCACCCUCUACAACGUAGCGUUCGACUCUUCCUCAGCCGUCUUUCUUAUCAUUAAGCUCCUUUAUGAACAGGGCAUCCGCCUCAGGGCCUCCUUCGUCUUCCUGUCUUUGUGCAGUGCCUGGCACGUUGGGCGUACCUUCCUCCUGAUGCCCCGGGGGCACAUCCCCUACCCACUGCCCCCCAGCUACAGCUAUGGCCUGUGUUCUGGGGAUAGCACCGGAGAGAAGAAGGAGGAAAGAGCUGAGUCCAGAAAGCUGGACUUAUCAUCCAAGGAGCUCCCGUCACCAAAGGAAGAGACCCCAGGACCAGCACAGCCAGAGGAACUACGUUCUCUCCGGAGCUGUGUUUCCUCUCGGCGCUUUACCUGGCACCUGGUGUGGCUUCCUGUGAUACAGCUGUGGCACCACCUCUUCCUCGGCACCCUCAACUCUCUGCCCACCAACCUGGCUGGUGGGGACAGGGCGCUGGUCAGCAGCUACACGAAUGCCUUUGCCAUCACUCAGUUCUUUGGAGUGCUGUGUGCCCCCUGGAACGGCCUGCUCACGGACCGGCUUAAACAGAAGUACCAGAAGGAGGCGAGAAAGACGGGUUCUUCAGCCUCAGCCGCGGCCCUUUCCUUAGCUGUGCCUUCGCUGACCCUGACAUCUCUGCUGUGCCUCGGCUUUGCCCUCUGUGCCUCGGUCCCUGUCCUCCCCCUCCAGUACGCCACUUUCAUCCUGCAAGUCAUCAGCCGCUCCUUCCUCCAAGGGGGCAACGCCGCCUUCCUCACCCUGGCUUUCCCUGCAGAGCACUUUGGGAAGCUCUUUGGGCUGGUGAUGACCCUGUCAGCCAUCGUGUCCCUGUUCCAGUUCCCCAUCUUCACUCUCAUCAAAGGCCCCCUUCAGAACAACCCCUUCUACGUGAAUGUGAUGCUGGUGCUCCUCACUCUCCUGAUGCUGCUUGUCCACCCCUCCCUGGUGCACCGGGAGUGCUGGCAGGAAGCAACUCCAGCCACGACCGCUUAG